AUGUCACUCCCCGAAACAAUGAAGGCCGUCAUCUUUGACGGGCCGUUCGAGGUCUCGGUUCAGGAUCGCCCAGUGCCCAAGAUUUCGGAUGAUAGAGACAUCAUUGUCAAGGUACAAGCUACCGCACUCUGUGGAUCCGAGCUCCAUGUUUACCGAGGUCACCAACCGUCGGGAACGGGCUUCAUCAUGGGUCACGAAUUUGCUGGUAUAGUUGUUCAAGCUGGCCCCGCAGUCAAAACUGUCAAGGUUGGCGACAAAAUUGUGUCCCCAUUUACCGCAUCUUGUGGCGAGUGUUUCUAUUGCAAAAACGGUGCGACUUCACGCUGUGUAGACAGUGUACUCUUCGGCUGCGCUAAGCUCGAUGGUGGACAAGCAGAUUAUGUUCGGGUGCCUAUGGCUGACGGUACUGUUGUCAAGGCGCCGGAAUCCAUUUCCGACCAGGCGCUGAUUCUGAUGGCCGACAUCUUCCCAACUGGAUAUUUUGGCGUUAAGAGUGCCGUGGAGCUACGCCCUUCUCUCGAUAUUUCGCAAGCCACCAUUGUCGUCAUUGGAGCUGGACCUGUCGGCAUCUGCGCUGCCAUCUCUGCUUUGCAACUCAAGCCUAAGCACUGCUUCGUCGUGGACAAUGUUGAUAGCCGUCUUAGCAUAGCUGAGGGACUUGGAGCCACUCCACUGAACUUUAACGACGGAAUUGAGAGUAUGAAGAGUAGAGUUGACGCCGUAACAGACGGUCGUGGAGCAGAUCUAGUAGUUGAAGUCGUAGGCCUCUCGCCAGCUCUGCGAACUGCAUUUGACUUGAUCCGCCCGUUCGGUGCCAUCAGUAGCAUUGGCGUACAUAAUGCCGAGAUUCCGUGGAGUGGCGCCGAAGGCUAUGCCAAAAACAUCCGCCUGCAGAUGGGCCGAUGCCCAGUUCGAUCAAUCUUUCCCGAAGCCCUUGGUGUGCUCAGCAAGGUGCAAGACAAGGUCGAAUUCAUGUUUGACAACAUCCGACCUCUGUCCGACGCCAAGCAGGCAUAUAUUGACUUUGACAAAAUGAAGGUGCACAAGGUAGUCUUCCUCCCGUAG